AUGGCAAACGACGUAAUCGACUUAGUCUUCUCCCUCAUACUAGAUACAGAAAUAUAUCUUUGCGCAUUUCUAUUAUUAACCUAUGUCACAUCGAAGAAAAUAAAUAAAAUAAUUCAAUCCAAUUUUUACCAGAAGGACACGCUCCUAAAUAGACUAUCAAAACAUUUCUACAUAGUAGAUGUGAAGGCCACCUUUAGCCCCUUGAAAUAUAUGCUUAAGAGUGCACUAUAUCACACGUAUUAUUUUUCGACUCUUUUAUUUUUAAUUUAUUUGUUCAGACUCUAUGCGUCUUACAAACUAUGGAUUAAGGUUUACUUUUUUUCCUUAUUCAAUAUUGCCACGGACCAGUCGACAAUAUCUGAUGAUAAUUUCUAUACUGACUACUACAAUGGAAAAUCGAAUAAAUUUCUCCUUUCCUACCUAGUUGCCUUCAUCUCGGGAGUGACUAUUUCGUUCAUUUAUUAUAAGUAUCUUUGUAGGGUAUUUAAAGGGAAGCACAAAUAUGUAACGGUGCAUAAAUCCAGUUUGCUACACUACUGCUUUGAACUAGCCAAAAUAAAUUUCGGGGAAUAUGUAAAGGUGAAACCAAAGAAGGGAUCCAAAUUUAGGUUCAUCUUAGACACCAGCAUUAAGGUGCAUUCCACAUUUAGCGGCGACUCUGCUGCAACGAAAGGAAGUAGCACCGGAAAUGGAAAAGGUGGAAAUGGCCGUGGUGUUGGUAGCAGUAUCCCCAACGCAGUGACUCCGAAGGCGAAGAGAAAUUUCCUCUUCCGCAUUUUCAGCAUUGGAUAUUUUAAGAAGCAUGUCCUCUAUGAUCAGGAGGUACUGUACGAAGAUCACCUGCAGAAGAAAUGGCAGGUCGAGCAGAAGAACAAAUGGAGCUUCACUUUAAUGCUUAUCAAAUUAAUGGGGAAGAUAAUCCAAGCGAUGAUGAAUUCCAUUAAUGUGGAAAAUAAUGUGACUGGAAAAGAUGCUUCCGGAAAAACGGGUCAAGCUCCCACAACUGCUCCUACGACAACUACUGCUACUGCUGAGGAUACCGGUGAAAAGGCACCGCAGACCGUCUCCGCGGGGGUGGAAACUCAGCAGGUGGAAGGAGAAACCAAUACGGAAGUAAAUCAGGCAGAGGGGGAAGGUGCACCAAAAGGGGAGGAAGUAACCAAAGUGGAAGAAGCACCAAAGGGGGAGGAAGCCACUACAGAGGAGAAACAACAAAAGGGGGAAGAAGCCACUGAAGAGGAGAAACAAUCAAAGGAGGAGAAACAACCAGAGGAGGAGGAAGAACCAAAGGAGGAAGAAGAACACAAUAGGAAGGCCGAACCCAUCUGUGUAGAACCCCCCUUGCAGAAACAAUUGAAUGAUCAACCCCCACAGGAGCAGAGCCAGGGAAAAACGAAUCCAACAAGUAUGACAGAGAUAAAGGUAGAAACACAGAAAAGUAGUGAGAUUCCAUACAGUGACAUAAAGCUAUGUGAAUUGGAUUUAAGACCAUACGACAUAUUUCUGUGCAACUCACAUUACCAAUUUAAGAGUAUCCUAGAAGUGCUCAUGUUACACAUCCCGAUAUAUUUUAUGUUCAAAAAUAAAGUCUACGUAAAAACCUGCUUUACAAUAGCCAUGUAUCUUGUCAAUUACCUGCUCUGGAAUUUCAUAACCAUCCUAGCGAUGAUCAAACCAUCUCUAUUCGUGUACUACUAUGUACUGAAUGAACACAUAAAUAAUAUUCUAACAAAGAACAUCAAUGAUCAUGAGAAGAACAUAAUUUUGCACUUUUUCUAUGGAUUCUUCUUUGCCUCAUUAAUAUAUUUGAAAUAUCACUUCAACAUGGAGUUUAAGUUGAUAAAGGUGGACCAUAUGAACCACUUCCAUCGAAUAAUUGACAGAUGCAUAGCAGAAGCGAAUAAAUUGAAGUCCAGAGGAAUCAUUAAAAAUUUUGAAGCAAUGAAAGUUUUCCCCUUAUGUAUUGACUAUAAAAACAAAGGCAUCUUCAUCGACAGAGGAUUGCUGCGAACGACUGCAGAACUAGAACUUGUACUCAAACAAAGGAAAUUAAAAAAUAUAAAAAUAUGCUUCCGAAAUGUUAGACAAAUUGCUAAAUAUUGUGAUGAAGAUACUGCCAUGGAAAUGUUCAGACGACUGAAAUUUGUCCUUGUCAAUGAAUUGCCCCAUCGAGUUGCAUUAAACCUUUCCCGAAUCAUCUCGGAUGAAAUGUACGAUCGAAUUAAAAAGAAUUCCAUCGGGUCGUCUUCUUCGGAACAAUUGAAGAAACACCCACCUGAUUGCUUAUGCGAAAUGCUGAAAAAUACGGUCAUUCAUGAUUUUAUAAAAGAAACCAUGUGUACUGAAAAAUUCAAUGCAGAAAAAGAAAUCGAACACACGGGGCAAGCUUACGUAGGCACCUCAGACAAUAAGGGGGCAUGCAAAAAAUGA